CAACAAAAGAACGGGCGUGCGAAGUUCCUUAGUUCCGUAACAAGAUAAACGUUUCGAUUUGGGAUUCCUCGUAUCGUAUUGUAUACGGCUUAAGAACGGAACUAUUACUAUAAUGCUUCGUUGGCGUGCGCUUCCAGUGGGGUUUAGCCGGUGGAUGUCCACCAUUCCGGCGGUGUCGGAGCAACGUGCUGCAGUGGUUGGCCAACCAUCCGAGCCAUUGCAGCAUCCGGAUUACUUUGGAGUUCAUAAACUUUUCACUGUCGAGGAUCUGUUCAAAGCCCGAGUCCACCUCGGACACAAGGAGGGAACGUUGAACGAGAACAUGAAAGGAUAUCUGUUCGGCUGUCGUCUCGGACACUGUGUGAUCGAUUUGGACAAAACGGCCGACCAUUUGAGGGCUGCACUAAACAUCGCGGCCCACAUUGCGUACCGUGACGGUAUCAUUUUGUUUUUCAACCGAAAUGCACUUAACUCUCACCUAGUCGAGCGAACCGCCAAAGAGUGUGGUGAGUUCGCGCACACGCGGUACUGGCGCGGCGGAGUGUUCACCAACGCCAACGUGCAGUUCGGGGCCGUCACCCGUUUGCCGGACCUGUGCAUUUUUCUCAACACCAUGAACAACGUACUGGACAUGCACACGGCCGUACGUGAUGCUGCGAAAAUGAACAUCCCUACCAUCGGCAUCGUAGAUACAAACUGCAAUCCCAAUUUGAUCACUUAUCCCGUGCCAGGCAACGACGACACGCCCGUAGCCAUCGAGCUGUACUGCAGUUUAUUCAAAAAGGCCAUUCUGAUGGGAAAGGAAAAGCGAAAAGAGCACCUCGUGGUGGCCUAGGGAGCAGGAACUGGUUUACGCAGUGAAAAAAAUAAUUUACGUAACUAUGAUGGCUUAUCGAUCGAUCGGCUUGUUUUAUUUCUCACCCACAACCGGCUGGACAUUUACACAGCCUUCCCAUUCGAGCGUUUCAAAGUGCACCUCUCCAGAGUGUUCGCUAACGUAGCCGACGACGCACAGCUUGUUAACCACGACUGCCAGGCGACACAUCCUUGUGAGGUUUUUCACGUCCAACGUUCGUCGACCAUCUUUCAAAACGUGCACCAUGUGCGACGCAUGAAAAUAAAGUGGAUCGCCUGGAUAAAGUAAGAAAUCACAGCCAAACGCGUCUCCAGUCGUUAUGAAUCCUCCCUCGUUCCAUAGGGCUUGAAAGACCCGAUAUUUGGCGUUUUCUUCUGCG